GUUCAGUUCAGCAGGUAGGAAGUGGGUUGAGGAGCGGACCGUGGGACACCCGGACGUCGUUCCCCGGGCCUUCUCUGUGACUCUGCAUGUGAGACGGUGGUUGAUACCUUCGAAAAUCUGUUGUUAAAAUAAUAAAUCUACAAGUGAUGUAGGGACCGGUCUCUAUUAUGCUUUCUCUCCAUUGGAGGGAAGGGUGCAACAGAAGGAAAGAGAAGCCAAAAAAUUCUAGGCUGGUGAUUCUGAAUGCUGCAAGGAAAGCCUAGUUUCUCACCUUCUCUUCCCCAUCUCACUCAUCUAAGGACACUGCCAUUUCCCUAUAAAAGAGCCAAGGGGAGGAAAGAAUGGCUGUUGGACUUCUUACAGCUAUGUACCAGGAGUUGGUGACCUUCAGGGAUGUGGCUGUAGACUUCUCCCGAGAGGAGUGGGAUUGCCUAAAUUCUUCUCAAAGGCAUCUGUACAGUAAUGUGAUGUUGGAGAACUACAGGAUCUUGGUAUCACUGGGACUUUGCUUUUCUAAACCAAGUGUGAUAUUAUUGUUGGAACAAGGGAAGGAGCCCUGGAUGGUGAAGAGAGAGCUGACAAAAGGCUUGUGCUCAGACUGGGACUCUAUGUGUGAGACUAAACAAUUAAACCUAAAGCGGGACAUUUAUGAAGCGCAGUCAUCUCAGAAGGUAAUAAAAAAACUUACAAGCAGUGGCCUUGAGUACUCCAGUUUGAGAGAAGAAUGGAAAUGUAAAGGCCAUUUUGAGAGGCAACCAGUGAAUCAGAAGGCAUGCUUCAAGGAAGAGACAAUCACUCAUGAAGAAACCCCUGCUGAUGAAAGGGGACAAGAAUAUAGCAAAACUUGGGGAAGUUUCCAUCCAAGCACACUACUUCAUACACCACAGAUAAUCCCCAAAGAAGAGAAAGUAGUUGCACAUAAUACACAUAAAAGCUUUAAAAAAAAGUUAAUGGGCAUUAAGCCCAAGAGUAUCUAUACAGAGAAGAAACUUUUGAAAUGUAAUGACUGUGAAAAAGUUUUCAGCCAGAGCUCAUCCCUUACUCUUCAUCAAAGAAUACAUACUGGAGAGAAACCCUAUAAAUGUGUAGAAUGUGGGAAAGCCUUCAGCCAGAGAUCAAAUCUUGUUCAACAUCAGAGGAUUCAUACUGGAGAGAAGCCCUAUGAAUGUAAGGAAUGUAGGAAGGCCUUCAGUCAGAAUGCACACCUAGUUCAACAUCUGAGAGUUCAUACUGGAGAAAAACCUUACGAAUGCAAGGUGUGUAGGAAAGCCUUCAGCCAGUUUGCUUACCUUGCUCAACAUCAGAGAGUUCAUACUGGAGAGAAACCCUAUGAAUGUAUUGAAUGUGGGAAGGCUUUUAGCAAUAGAUCAUCUAUUGCUCAACACCAGAGAGUUCAUACGGGUGAGAAACCUUAUGAAUGUAAUGUCUGUGGGAAAGCAUUUAGCCUUCGUGCAUACCUUACUGUACAUCAGAGAAUACAUACUGGAGAGAGACCCUAUGAAUGCAAGGAAUGUGGGAAAGCUUUCAGCCAGAAUUCACACCUUGCUCAGCAUCAGAGAAUUCAUACUGGAGAAAAACCUUAUAAAUGCCAGGAAUGUAGGAAAGCGUUCAGCCAGAUUGCCUACCUUGCUCAACAUCAGAGAGUUCAUACUGGAGAGAAACCCUAUGAAUGUAUUAAAUGUGGGAAGGCUUUUAGCAAUGAUUCAUCCCUUACUCAGCAUCAGAGAGUUCAUACUGGAGAAAAGCCUUACGAAUGUAAUGUUUGUGGAAAGGCUUUUAGUUACUGUGGAUCCCUUGCCCAACACCAGAGAAUUCAUACUGGAGAGAGACCCUAUGAAUGUAAGGAAUGCAAGAAAACCUUCAGGCAACAUGCACACCUUGCUCAUCAUCAGAGAAUCCAUCUUGGGGAGUCACUCUCACCACCCAAUCCAGUCAGUCACCAAGUCCUAUAGACUCUCAUUAGUACUUCUGGAAUUUAUACUCAUUUUCUCCAUCUCUAAUGUUGCCUUCCUAGUCUUAAGUUUCGUCUUACUGGAUCACUGCUAUAGCUUUCUAACAGGUUUCUAACAGCUUUCUGAGCCAACUUCUGGUCCCGUUAAAUUCAUUUCCCACCAUGCAUCCAAACUGAUCUUUUUGAAGUGUAAGAAUACACAUAUCACUGCCUCCAGUUAGAAGUUUUUUUUGGCUUGCUGUUGUUCUUAAGCUAACGUUCAGUCUUUUAAACUGUCUAUGAGGAACUUCUUUGAUUCUUGUUUUGUUUGUUUCUUUUUUGAGCACAGGUGGACACCAUAAUUGGCAAUGUCUGAUUCUUACAUACUUUUCCGCCUUAUUUUAUUCCAGUCUCCCUCUCUGGGCACUAGGCACUUCCCAAGACUAAGAGCUUAGAUUCUGGAAAAUCAUAGCUCUACUACUACUGUGGCUUUGUGUGACUGAGUAAUUUGCUUGACUUAUCUAAACCUCAGGGUUUUCUUUAAUUCUUAAAAUAGGGAUAAUAAAGGAUAUUGUAGAAAUGUGAGUAUUAAAUGAAGUAGUCUCUAUUGUAGAUUGGUGCAUAUUAGGUAAGAAAUUUGCAUGUAAAGUACUUAACAUAGUGCAUCAAAUAUUGCAAAUAUUCAGUUAAAUAAUAAUAGCUAACAUGUAUUGAGUGCUUACUAGGCACUAGGCACCGUUCUCCAUACUCAACAUAUAUUAACUCAUUUACUCCUUACAGCUAAAAUAUGAUUCCUUAGUGGACAAAGCAGAACAUCCAUGCAAAGCAGCAGGUCAGAAUUGGGAAAACCUAAAAAUUUUGGACUAUAAGUGGGAGUGUUUGGACUCUAAGUGAGUGUUGAUACAGACACAAAUAGUGGAACUCUAACACUUAAAACCAGUUUUAGGAUGUUUCUAAAGAGAAUGAGUUGGAUAAACCAAUUAAAGAAAAUUAAGAUUCACUGAGACGAAUACAGAACUUACAUUUAGAUCAAGACAAGAACAGAGAGGACUGCUAUUUACUCCCAAAAGCCAAUAAACAUAGAAAUUUGUACUGUACCAUAAGAAAGCAUCAGCCCCAGGUAAUUAUGUGGGUGAAUCUAGGUAAUUUCAAAAGCAUUUAAACUGUUACAUACCAUAGAAAAAGAACAAAGUUUGUAAAAAUUUUUAUCAAGUGGCUGUAAAAUGAAACUAAAAGGGGAUUGAGGGAAGAAAACUACAAACUACUCAAUAUUCACUGAAUGUGUAGAUAUAUUGAGUAGCUCCAAUUUGCCAGCUACUGUUUUAGGUGUGAGGAGACAACAUGAUCAAUACAAAGACCGUGUCCUCAUGGAGUUAAAUUCCAGAGGCUGAGAAAGUUAAUGCUUAAAUAUAAAACAAUUGAUUUUGUAGACCCAGAAAACUAAAGAAUA